AUGUUGUUUAGGCGGUGGCGCGCGAGGCGGGCGGGUAGCAAAGUCGACCGCAGCCUCCGUGGCACUGAGGGCGGCCGCGGCGAUUCGCCCGCACUCGCCGCACCCCCGCACCCUUGCGCACCCACAACCACUUGUUAUGUAAUAAAAAUAGCCAAGUGCGGGCGAUUGGCGACACGCCAGCACUCUCGUGAAGGCUGGUAUCUCACGCGUGGAUCCAUCGCCAAUAAAGCCUCAAAAAAUGUCUGCUUCCUCUAUUCUAUGUGGAACACUCUCGGGACGCGCCUCUUAUUAAUGGCUCCGUUCCAAUACACUGACUUC